GUGGAGCAGGCGCCGCGGCUCUAGCGCCCGUGUUAUUGUUACAUUGUAUCGGGUUCGGGGUUACACUGGGCCCGCCCUUCCCCCUCGGGCGGAGAAGCUGGGUGCGGACCGGAGGCGCCCCACAGGGACUCGCUCAGGAUGCCGGUCAACAAAUCUGAGAAGCCGGACAAGCCUGAGAGCUGUGAUAAUGUCAAGGUUGUCGUCCGAUGCCGACCUUUCAAUGAAAGAGAGAAAGUAAUGUGCUACAAGAUGGCAGUUAAUGUUGAUGAAAUGAGGGGAACCAUUACUGUUCAUAAAACAGACUCUUCCAAUGAACCUCCAAAGACAUUUACAUUUGAUACAGUUUUUGGACCAGAGAGUAAACAACUUGAUGUCUAUAACUUAACUGCGAGACCAAUUAUUGACUCUGUUCUGGAAGGAUAUAAUGGCACCAUCUUUGCAUAUGGACAGACUGGUACAGGCAAAACUUUUACCAUGGAAGGUGUACGAGCUGUUCCUGAACUUAGAGGAAUCAUCCCCAAUUCAUUUGCCCAUAUAUUUGGUCACAUUGCAAAGGCAGAGGGGGACACAAGAUUUUUGGUUCGAGUGUCUUACUUGGAAAUUUACAAUGAAGAAGUGCGCGACCUGCUCGGAAAAGACCAGACACAGAGACUAGAGGUUAAAGAGAGACCUGACGUGGGAGUUUAUAUCAAAGAUCUUUCAGCUUAUGUUGUAAACAAUGCGGAUGAUAUGGACAGAAUCAUGACACUAGGCCACAAAAACCGUUCUGUUGGUGCCACUAAUAUGAAUGAGCACAGUUCUCGUUCCCAUGCCAUCUUCACUAUUACCAUUGAGUGCAGCGAGAAGGGUGUUGAUGGAAACAUGCAUGUUCGUAUGGGCAAGCUGCACCUUGUAGAUCUAGCUGGGUCAGAAAGGCAGACAAAAACUGGAGCCACUGGGCAACGACUAAAGGAAGCCACAAAAAUUAACCUUUCGCUUUCCACUCUUGGGAAUGUUAUUUCUGCAUUGGUGGAUGGCAAGAGCACUCACGUGCCCUAUCGUAACUCUAAAUUGACUCGACUUCUUCAGGAUUCCCUAGGGGGCAACUCAAAAACCAUGAUGUGUGCAAAUAUUGGUCCGGCAGACUAUAAUUAUGAUGAGACUAUCAGCACACUAAGAUAUGCCAACCGUGCCAAAAACAUCAAGAAUAAGGCCAGAAUUAAUGAAGAUCCCAAGGAUGCCUUGCUCCGUCAGUUUCAAAAAGAAAUUGAAGAACUUAAAAAAAAGCUGGAGGAAGGGGAAGAGAUAUCUGGCUCUGAUAUAAGUGGUUCUGAAGAUGAAGAUGAAGAUGAUGGGGAGGUUGGAGAGGAUGGGGAAAAGUGUAAAAAACGAAGGGGCAAGAAGAAAGUUUCCCCAGAUAAAAUGGUAGAGAUGCAAGCCAGGAUCGAUGAAGAGAGAAAAGCGCUUGAAACCAAGCUUGACAUGGAAGAGGAAGAAAGAAACAAAGCCAGGGCUGAACUGGAGAAGAGAGAGAAAGAUCUGCUCAAAGCCCAACAGGAACACCAGUCACUGCUGGAGAAGUUAUCAGCUCUGGAGAAGAAGGUGAUUGUGGGAGGUGUGGACUUGCUAGCAAAAGCUGAGGAGCAGGAGAAACUUCUAGAGGAAUCUAACAUGGAGCUUGAAGAGCGAAGGAGAAGAGCCGAGCAGCUUCGCAAAGAGCUUGAGGAAAAAGAGCAAGAGCGCCUGGACAUUGAGGAGAAGUACACCAGCCUGCAGGAGGAGGCACAGGGCAAGACCAAGAAGCUGAAGAAAGUCUGGACAAUGCUAAUGGCUGCAAAAUCAGAGAUGGCAGAUCUGCAACAGGAACAUCAGAGAGAGAUUGAAGGAUUGCUGGAGAAUAUUCGGCAGCUCAGCAGGGAGCUUCGUCUUCAAAUGCUCAUCAUAAAUAACUUCAUUCCUCAGGACUAUCAGGAAAUGAUUGAAAACUAUGUUCACUGGAAUGAAGACAUUGGAGAAUGGCAGUUGAAAUGUGUUGCAUAUACAGGGAACAACAUGAGAAAACAGACCCCAGUACCAGAUAAAAAGGAAAAAGAUCCCUUCGAGGUGGACCUUUCUUAUGUUUAUCUAGCUUACACAGAAGAGAGCCUGAGGCAGUCUUUGAUGAAGUUAGAGAGGCCUAGGACUUCAAAAGGAAGAUCAAGGCCUAAAACCAGUAGAAGAAAACGUUCAGCAAAGCCAGGAGCCGUAAUUGACUCUCUGCUUCAGUAGGUGUUAUGCAUUCAGUGUCAGAGUAAAGAUUAAUGUGUGUUGUAAUGCUUUGCUAAAAUUCAUAGUUCAUUAGAAAAUAUUGAGGAACUGGCACAAUUUGACCAGAAGGGGCUACAAAACAAUGCGUCAUCAGUAAACAAAAAUGAACUUGUUUCUCUAAUUACCCUUAUACUGUAUGUUAUAUUAACAUAUGUUAAACCAAUAUAUAUGUUGUUGCAAAAUUGUCAAUGUAUUACACCACUUUUGUGUUGUGCAGGGAAACCAUUGGCAGUAACCCUUGUCGAAAUGAAAUGUAUAGAAAGCAAGAACUCUAGAUGUGUUUAAAUUUUAAAAAUAUUAGCCCAGUGGUUGGUAGACCCUGAACUUUAAAUCUUGAUAACUGUUUUAUGUCCUGCUUUGUACAUAAACUAGCAGUUUACACUGUUGUCCUGUGUUGCACUGUUAUGUUUUCAUGUGGUGAGUAUAAAUCCAUGAUGUAACUCAAUCUGGAUACUGAGCCCCCUUCCUUGGCUAUUUAAAUACUCCCUAAUAGUAGCUGUUGUUUGCAUUUCAUACAUUAAAUGACUGACUGUCUUUCUGUUCCUUUAGUAACUGACAUAUGUAGACUUACUGUAUAUUGUUGCAUAAAGAGUGACUGUUUUGAAAAUCUAAACUGUACAAAUUCAAGAACACUGGGCAAGGGACAACGUUUUGUUUAGUUUCAGUACAAAUGAAAACAAAACUGUUUAGUUUCAUUUUA